GAGUCAGCCAAACGGUAUCUUGCGUGACGAACGUUCCCUCAGUUCCCAUUCCCUGCAAUCCUUUCCCUUCCAUACAUUGCACGUAUCAUAAUAGAUUUCAUAUAUUGUUAGAGAUAGAGAUAGAGAUAGAGAGAGAGGGAGAGGCAGAGGGUCUUAGAAAUCUAGGGUUUUGUUCGAAUCAGGAUUUCUAGAGUGGGGAAAACACUAAAUUCCUCUCUCUUUCUAUCUCUUUCUCUGUCUCCCUCUCUCUGUGUUGUUAGGAGGAGAUAUGGGUAGGUAUUAUUGGGGAAGAAAGGAAGGAGAAGGGAAGGUGGAAGGAAUCGUGGUGGUGUUCGCGGGGCUGUCGACUCGGGAGAAGCAUUUGAAGCCUUACGUGCAGCUCUAUGCUUCUGCUGGCUGGAAUUCCCUCGUCUGCCUUACCGAAUUUCUCUACCUAUUCUUCCCUGAUAAAGCUACAACAUUAGCAUUAGUUAUUGUUGGCGAGCUUCUUAAGGAAGUAAGAGUCAGGCCAAUACCCAUUGUAUUUGCUGCUUUUUCUGGCGGACCGAAAUCUUGCAUGUACAAGGUUCUUCAGAUAAUUGAAGGGAAGUGUGAAGGACAACCCUAUCUGGACGAAUAUCGGCUGAUCAGAGACUGCCUUUCUGGACAUAUAUACGAUUCUAGUCCUGUAGAUUUCACCAGUGAUUUUGGUACAAAUUUUGCCAUUCAUCCCAGAGUCCUGAAAAUGUCCCAACCACCAAGGGUACUUUCAUGGAUUGCAAGAGGUUUUGCUUCUGGCAUGGAUUUUCUCUUCCUAAGCCGGUUUGAAGAGCAGCGUGCUGAGUAUUGGCAGACUCUGUACUCUUCAGUUAACACGGGCCCAUUUCUCAUCUUAUGCUCGGAAGACGAUGAUCUUACUCCCUAUCAACUUGUCUGCAACUUUGCUCAACGUCUGCAGGAUCUUGGCGGAGAUGUUAAACUAGUGAAAUGGAACAGCUCUCCUCAUGUAGGUCAUUACAAGCAUCAUCCAGUUGAUUACAAGGCAGCCGUAACUGAGUUGCUGGAAAAGGCAGCUUUAAUUUACUCCCAGAGGAUGCUACAACUCAACAGAGAAAGAACAAGCUUGGAAGGUGCAGGUAACAAGAUAUCUGAAUCAGUCCGCAAUUUACGUGAAGCAGCAGUGAGCUCGAAUGAGAGUUUGCAGAGAGUCGCAGUUGGGCCAAGCAAUCACUUCUUGCCUAGCUCGGUGGAGUAUCACGAAAGCAAGAACAUGGGUUCUAUGCAGGACGAGCAAAAGGAAAGAUUGAUUCACCUCCAGACCCCACCGAGCAUCAGCGCACACAGUGUCCUGGGGAAAAUCCUCUUUGAUGUUUGCGUUCCCAAGAACAUUGAAGAUUGGGACAUAAGGCCGGCUGGUUCCUUGAAUGGGCAGAUAUUCAGUUCUUCCCACAGGCAUAGGCACAGUGGCCUUUUCAAUCCUAUAAAAUGCAUACGCCGCUCAAGACUGUAAGAUAUCAACUGGAAAAUAAUGAUUCAGCAGAAUACUGCCGGAGAUUGGAGGACAGGAGUCCGACAUCUGACACAGGCAAGAGGUUUGAGAGCUUUGACUGCACACGCCCUUUUGCAUGCCUCCCAGAUGCUAACGACUACAGAGAGAGGCACGGAACUGCUUGCCUGGCAGAGACAUAGGAAGUUAUCAUGGAGCUGGACUUAACAAGUGAUUUUGAUGGAAAUAAGAGUUACGAAUGUAACAAUUCGUUGUUACAAGCAUGUAUGAGUAUACAUACAGUUGUAUUCAUAAACUGCUGGGAGUUGUGUAAUGCAGCACAGCCAAACUGAUGCUUAUGAAGAGGCUGGAUUCAGUUCAAGUCAGGUUCCAUUCAGUACAUGGCGUCACCUGUAUCAAGCUAUAAAAAUGGUGAUUUUUUUCUGCCCCCAACUGAAAUUCUCUCGUGGAUGAUCCAACGGUUGGAUAUUGCAGUGUGUGGCCAGCCACUCCCAACAAUUCGGACUCGGGUUUUCUUUUCCUGGGCCAUCACACCAAACACUUUCAUCUGAAUGCAUCAACUUGGUUCUGAGAUGGUGGCCCGCUGGCUGGACAGUAAAGUGCACGAUGGAUGGCUUUGAGGGGUGGUGCCAUUUGCUGAAUAUGACCUGAUUUGCAUUGACUCUCGCAUGGGCGCACCAGAUUUUGCCA